UGUACACGAAAGCUUUUACAUAUUUUGCGAAAAAUCCAAUAGCUCUAACAAGAAAAGUGUUUGUAGUCUAAAAUGUGAGGAGUGUAUUUUUACCUUUCAGUCGACUGGUCACAUCGUUCAACCCAAACUGACUCGGGAAUUUUAGUGAUAUCAUCAGUUGAAAACUAUGACUUUCACGACCAACAAAUGUGAUCUGUAAACUUUAAAAGAAACCGAACCGUUUUACUGAUUUUAAGGAGACGUAUGCGAUAAAUUGUAUUGAAGAAGUCCGCACACAAUUCUAACAAUGCGAAAGAAUACCAUUUGGAACUACUCUCUCAUAUUCUUCUGCUGUGUGCUGAAGAGCAUAAGUACGCUAGAUCAUGGCCCGCACACAGUAUCCGUCGAUUCGAAUCGAUACAACACACAGCAUCAGUAUAAGCAAAAUCCCAAUGUUGCCUCACGUCACGCAUCCCACGAAUCUGGUCAGAGUUUACACAAUUCACAGUCGGAACAUGUCACCCAUAUCGCCGCAUCGCACGCCGGAAGCGGCGGAGAGCACUCCACUCAUCUGGCGCAAAAUCUGCACAGGAGCUCAUAUAACCUUCUGAGCGAGGCCAUGUCCCAGGCGGUCAGCAAUGAAUUUAGUUCUAUGGGAAGUGGUUCAGCGGAUGGAGCGUGUGCUGCGGAUGAUUUUGAUUGCUACAGUGGAAGUGUUCAGGAUCGCUUCGGCAUGGAGGCUAUUGCAAGCUUGCAUCGCCAGCUGGAUGAUGACGACAAUGGAAAUAUCGAUCUGAGCGAGUCCGAUGACUUUUUGCGGGAGGAAUUGAAGUACGACUCGGGCUAUGAAAAGCGGCAGAAAGCGUUUCACUUCAAUGACGAUAUGCAUAUAUCGGUCAAAGAACUUUGGGAGGCUUGGCUGAGAUCGGAGGUGCACAAUUGGACCAUCGAACAGACCACUGAUUGGUUGGCGCAGUCCGUUCAGCUGCCCCAAUACGUUGAUCUUUUCAAAUUACACAAGGUUACCGGAGCUGCUUUGCCGAGAUUGGCUGUGAAUAAUCUUCAGUAUGUGGGCAAUGUACUUGGCAUCAAGGACCCUAUACACAAACAGAAAAUUUCAUUAAAGGCAAUGGAUGUGGUUCUGUUUGGGCCACCGCGAGAAACUGGUACCCGCUGGAAGGACUACAUACUGGUGACAUUGUUGCUAAGUGCUAUUAUUGGAUGUUGGUACGCCUACCAGCAAAAUAAAAAUGCCAAACGUCAUCUUCGUCGAAUGGCCCAGGAUAUGGAGGGAUUGCAAAGGGCUGAGCAAAGUCUACAGGAGAUGCAGAAGGAACUAGAACGAGCCAGAAUGGAACAGGAAAAUGUGGCAACAGAAAAACUAGAUUUGGAGCGGCGUCUUAAAGAAGCCCCCACUCUCAGUUCAUCAAACUCGGAUUUGGAAGUUCAGCAGCUGAAAAAAGAAAUCGAGAUGCUGCGCAACGAAUUGUCUCGUGCCGAAUUCGAACUAGUGGACAACUGCUGGUCACCACCGCCACAACUGCAAUCAUGGCUCCAAUAUACAUAUGAACUAGAAAGUAAGAAUCAUCAGAAGAAGCGCACAUCGGCUGAGAAACAGCUACAGUCAGCCAGAGAGGCUUGUGAGAAAUUGCGUAAGAAACGUUCAAGUUUGGUGGGUGCGUUCGUUUCCACGCAUGGAAAGAGUAUUGAUGAUGUGGAUCGAUCCAUUGUUGAGGCACGAAAUGCACUUGGAGAUGUAACAAACGAGCUGCAAGAACGACUGCAUCGCUGGAAGCAAAUCGAGACGUGCCUUGGCUUAAACAUUGUUAAUAACAAUGGACUGCCCUAUUUGGAGAAUGUUCUGUAUGGCCGAAAUGGGGGCUUACAAAGUUCCAUGGGCAUGAGUUCAACCAAGGGGUCUAGAACACGUAUUACCAACAGCACCGAAGACCUGGAUGAUGAGUCCAUACAAGGUUUUGGAAUUCCAUAACGGAUCAACCCUGCUACACUCUACUGGUCCUCCGAGCCGGCUUAACUUCGACCCUCGCUCUCUAUAUUUAUUCCGAUCAAAAAAGAUUACGUUUUCCACCUAUUCAAUGUGUAAUUGGCUAUCAGCUGACCACAGAUGAUGCGUUAUGGAUGACUGAAGAACCUCUUCUGGCGACCGGCAUGUUUACCUCACCUGAUCCAUAUUCCUUAGGAAAAAUUAGUACAUUUAUUAUGAUUUCACUUGAUUCGAAUAAAUUUAUAGACUUUAUCCUCGA